GCAAGUUGAUCGGUGCGACAGCUGUAUUGUUUUACAGUUUCAAGAGAAUAGUCGAAGAAUAAACGGAAGAUGUGCAUUUAAACUACCUAAUCUUAUCACCAUGCAUUCAAUAAUAAUUUUUCAGCAGAAUAAGUUUUGAAAUAUAAUAAAUUCCCGGUGAAUUAACAUAACAUCGUAUCACGUCAUCCAAGAUUUGAGAACAGUUCAAAGAUGCAUCAACCUCCGUGGACGCUGAUAUUCUCUGGAGUUUUUUUGGGUUAUAUUGCCUACGCUAUUUACAGCAUUUCUCUAUUAUUUGUACCACCCCCAUGUGAAGCUGGGAUGCCUUGUCUAAAAUCCUACCUCAGUUUUAAACCUAAACUGCAGGUUCAUCUAUUCGCUUCGCCGAGUGCUAGACCCUCUCGUCAUGAAGUUUAUAGGAUACAUUCUGAUUUGGAGUUUGAUUAUCAAGUAUCUAAGGAAAUGCUAGUCAGUUUGCAGAUUCCACCAAAGACUCGACUGAAUGGGACUUCAUUUCUUCACAUCAUCGUCGUUCCAAAAAUGACUGAGGAUAAAAAACAGAGCUACAGCUUUGCCAAGUUACAAACGGAACCAUAUGCAGUGAUGACAAGAAUAAAACUCACUCAAUUCGUAUUACCAGAAGCUGAAACCUUCAACCUCCUGAGUGAGCAAUCAAGAAUAUAUAGACGAUCUGCAUCGUCUCAGGAUAAACCAUUCUCCCACUUAAGAAGUCGCGUUACAUUUACGAUGGUGACUGACGCAGAGGAACUUCCUGCUCAUAAAAUUCCCCAAGAACUCUCGCAAAGCCUGAGUAUUACCCCAGAGGGUGUUUUUCUGCCAAUAAUCAAUUACGAUUUCCUCCAAACGAGACAUCGAGACCUGGUGCCGAUCAACCUUGACGCUCAUAUGAUGAAUUUGACAGUUUCUUAUGCUCCAACGACGAUGGGUAUGUUGAGACUCUUGCUCCAAGUGAAAGCAGCUAUGCUGAAUAUGAAAUCACUUGGAUUUUCUGACAAGGAUGUGGAUGAAGUUAAGGGGAUUUACGCUGAUACGAAUUUUUAUCUGCUAACUGGAACGAUUUUCAUCGCCUCCAUGCACCUGUUAUUCGAUUUCUUGGCGUUCAAAAACGACAUCCACUUCUGGAAGAGUAGAGCUAGUUUCGAAGGUCUAAGUGUUACAACUGUGAUUUGGCGAGGAUUCAGCCAGACAAUUAUCUUCCUCUAUUUGUUGGACGAAGGGUCUUCUCUCCUUGUAUUGAUUCCGUCCGGAAUAGGAACUUUAAUUGAGAUUUGGAAAAUAAAAAAAGUUCUGAGACUUCAAUUCACAGACGGUGGUGGAACAGCUUCAAAGUUAAAGUGGAAGAGGGAUAAGAAAAAAGAGACCCAAGAGAGCAAGACUCGUCAAUUCGAUGCUGAGAGCAUGAGAUAUUUAUCGUAUCUAUUGUAUCCAUUAGUUCUAUGUGGAGCUGUUUAUUCAUUGUUGUAUCAGCCGCACAAGAGCUGGUACUCCUGGACAAUAAAUUCUCUAGUAAACGGAGUCUACGCCUUUGGGUUCCUCUUCAUGCUGCCCCAAUUAUUCGUCAAUUACAAAUUGAAGUCGGUAGCACAUUUACCAUGGCGUGCAUUUAUGUACAAAGCAUUUAACACCUUCAUCGACGAUGUUUUUGCAUUUAUCAUAACAAUGCCAACAUCGCAUAGAGUAGCCUGCUUCCGUGAUGAUAUUAUCUUCCUCAUUUACUUGUACCAGCGAUGGCUUUAUCCAGUGGAUAAUACACGUAUGGAUACAGCAACAAUAGUCGAAGAGCCAACGAUGCCUGCAAAUCGUACUAAAAAACCUUUGGACAAGAAGAAAGACUAAAAACCAUCACAAGACUUGAUUUUAACCAUUCCGAUGUAGUUGUUUCAAAUUUUUUAGCAACUGUAACUGUUUUUAAUAUUUAUACUGAAUUAUUUAAUGGAAAUAAUGAGUCCUUUAAAUUCAA